AUGACCAUGGCUGGUGUCAAACGGCCAUUUCCCUCAUUAACAGAAAACGAAGUCGUGGGAGGAAAUCACCAACAGAAACAAAAGCAGCAGCAGCAGCAGCAGCAGCCCAGCUACAGCUUGGCACGCCACCACCAGCACCAGAGCCCUGCCACGACACCCAACCGCGUCGCAUCGCCGGACCACGCACCGUCGCCGUUUUCCAAGUCGCCUGCUUCGGUGCCCGAGUUCCGGCGCGAUGCCACCCUCGUGCUCGUCGGCGUGCGCGGCAGCGGCAAGUCGACCCUCGCCGUGAUCGCCUCAACCGCGUUGCGUCGCACCGUCCUCGACCUUGAAACCGCCUUCCAGCGCGCCCACCAGGGCCUGACCACCGCCGCCUACCGGCAGCGGCACGGCGCCGAGGACUGCCAGGCGCGGCAGGCGCGUGUCCUGGCCGAAGCCCUGGCCGAGCACCCGACCGGCCGCAUCCUCGUCUGCUCGUGGAUGAGCCGGCAGGUGCGGGCGCUGCUGCGCGAGUUCGCCGCCGCCGCGCACCCGGUGGUCCACGUGGUGCGGGACGCGGCGCCGAUCCGGGCGCACCUGAAGCUCGAGGAGGACGGCAAGGUGGAGAGCCUGAUGGCGGUGGCGGUGGUGUUCUUCCGCACGUGCGCAAACCUCGAGUUCUUCAACGUCACGGAGCAGCGCUCGCCGCCCCAGGCGGACGAGGCGGCGGCGGCGGACGAUGUGUUCGUCCCGUCGCUGGCGCUGAAGCAUGCGGAGAAGCACUUUACCAAGUUCCUGUCGCUGCUGUAUCCGGUCGGCACCAUACCAUUCGUCGACUCGGCGUUCCCGCUUGCGUCGACUCCGCUGGAGGAGCGCCAGUACACAUACGUCAUACCACUGCCCAUAGCCCAGAUCAUCACCGGAACGCUGGACAUUGACGACGCUGUGUGCGGCGCCGAUGCCGUCCAGGUCACCGUCGACGUUGGCGACGGCGAUGACUUGAGCAAUGCGAAUACGACGCUCGCGGCCGACAUCACAAAGGCCGUGGGGAUCGUGAGGAGAGCCGCCGUGCUGCCCAUCAUCUGCCAUUUGCGAGUCAAGGAAGCUGCUGAGCCGGCCGUUUGGGAGCUAUACAAGCAGUUGAUUGCUCAUACCUUUAAGCUGGCACCGGAGAUGGUCACGAUAGACUUGCGUCUGGAAAGCGAUGAGAUACGAACCUUGAUGAAAGGACGACGACGCUCCAAGGUCAUCGGCUGUCGGGAGAUGCCCGUGUCUUCCGAGGCCUGGGAUGGAUAUCACUGGAAGGCCUUGUAUGGGAAAGCUGUCGACAUUGGUUGUGAUAGCGCUCGAUUUACUCGCCCUGCGUCGUCACUACGAGAUAAUGUCGACGUGGCCCAGUUCCGGACGACACUCGCCACGCUGCCCGGCCGCGGUAUUCCAGUUUCCGCCUACAAUUCGGGCUCUCUCGGCCGGACCUCGGCGUGCUUCAACCCUCUCCUCACCGUCGUCUCCUCACCCGCCAGCAUUCCCUCUUCGCCGUCUUCUUCUGCCGCCCUCCACCCGACAACCAUCACGCCCAUGCAGGCCACCAACGCCCUCUUCGCCGCCUUCGUCUACGAGCCCAUGAAGCUGUACGUGCUCGGCGCCAACGUCGACUACAGCAUGUCGCCCAUCAUGCACAGCUCCGCCCUGCGCGGCUACGGCAUGCCGCACACCUACCGACCGCACUCGAGCCCCUCCCUCCGCGCCAUCCAGCACCUCAUCCGCGACCCCUGCUUCGGCGGCGCCUCCGUCGGCCUGCCCUUCAAGGUCGAGGCGCUCUCCCUCACCGACGCGCUCAGCCGCCACGCGCGCGCCAUCGGCGCCGUCAACACGCUCAUCCCGAUCCGCCGCCUCGACGCCGACGGUUCCGUGCUGACGGACGCGGCGACCCUCCUGGCCAGCGGCAGCGUGAACCGCUCGGGGCCGGUGCGCGCCUUUUACGGCGAGAACACGGACUGGGUCGGCAUCAAGGCGUGCAUCCAGAGCGGGCUGUCGCCGGCCAACGCGGUGCGCGCGACGACGUGCGGCGUGGUCAUCGGCGCGGGCGGCAUGGCAAGGGCGGCCGUCUACGCGAUGCUGCAGAUCGGCGUGCGCAACGUCGUCAUCUACAACCGCACGCCCGCCAACGCCGCCAAGAUUGUCGCGCACUUCCAGGCCCUGCUCGACGACGACCACGAAGACCGCCUGCUCAUCGACGGGAGCGGGCCGCCGGUGCGCUUCCACAUCCUGGAGACGCGCGACGACCCCUGGCCGGAGGGCUUCCGCGCGCCGACCAUCCUGGUGUCGUGCAUCCCGACGCACCCGAUCGGCGACGAGCCGGCCGCCCAGUUCACCGCGCCGGAAGCGUGGCUGGCCAGCCCGACGGGCGGGGUCGUCUUCGAGCUCGGGUACAAGACGCUGGACACGCCGCUGCUGCGGCAGGCGCGCGCGGCGGCGUCCCGCGGAUGGGUGGCGAUGGACGGCAUCGACCUGCUCCCGGAGCAGGGGUUCGCGCAGUUUGAGCUGUUCACGGGGCGCCGCGCGCCGAGGGGCCUGAUGCGGCGCGCGCUGUUCCAGCACUACAGGGACGAAAGUGGGAGCUCGGUGAUACCGGGACUGCAGCGGAGGAUGCAGAUGAUGGCGAGGUAG